AGUCUAUGAAGUUUGCGUGGCUGCAUCUCAAUAGAUCUUGUCUGUAUUGGUUAAUUAUUGAUAACUGUUUUGCAGGAAAGUGAUGGCGUUAUUGACGGACUAUUGUUUUAGAAACUGACUGAUAAGAAUCAAGCCGCUUUCAGCAACAGACGCAGACGAUCAGAACCACAGCUCAACCGUUCUGGCAUAUUGUCAGCGAGGACCGCUGGAAACGGUCAUUCCGAAGGUGUCGUCUGUACUACAUUGUCGUCUGCUUCUAGACAGUUCGUCAAGUCUUACAGACGGGUUGGCGGUGUGUCUAGCUAUGAGACUGUUUUGUCUGCCACAUUUAAACGACAAUUGGGAUUUCUUGUGAAAUAAUCACAACUUACAUGGACAUUAUUUGGAAUUGACAGAAAACAGCGAACGUGUCUAAGAUACCCUUUACGUCAGUACGUCUCUCUUGGCUGCUGAGGCUGAUGAUUGAUGCGGAGCUUUCAUCGACAGUUUAUCUGCUGCCGGACACUGAGGAAUCACACGCCUGAGUCCUGUCAUCAUUCAGUCGGUGGACGUCCUUUCUCACACCGUGCCGUCCAGUGUACCGACUGACCAUCGUUGACCAGCACAUACAGAUACGUGAGCUGACGCCGUCAUCUGGGAUGAGCCAGCCUCCCCGCCUCUCCAAGCUCCGUCCGCCACCACAUACAGAUGUUUACUCUGAUGAAGACAGUUGAAGUCCUCUUCAUGCUCACCGUUAUUGCCUUGGACAUCACGACAGCAAGACGGUAUCGAUAUUGUUCGGAGGGCUGUUGUAUUCACGAGUACUGCGCAUACCACAAGAUCUGCUAUCCAAAGACGCAUUGCAACUUCGGUUGCCCGGAUGGAAGUUGUGUAGACGGGAUCUGUAUGCCUUACCAGAAGUGCAACACUAGCACCGUGUGCCCCAUGGCACAUAUCUGCGCCUACCACCACAACCUGGGCUACGACGUGUGUCAGUACAACCUCGACAUCGGCAAUACGUUAUGUGUCGACCGCUAUGGAAAGUCUCUCCUGAAACCGAUGAACUAAUUGACGUGCCCCAUUGUAUACUAUUUAUUUUUGUUUGAAAAGAGUGAUUGUUUAAUAAAGAUUCUUUUGUGA